UUAGGUAUCACUUCUCAGUUGAAACCCAAGUUGAGCUUUUCUUUUGUCACUAGUUAACGAGCAGAGAUGGAGAUCGAGCAAGCUUGUUGCUGCCAACCAUUGGAAUUUACCAGGGUUCAGAGUUCUUCUCACAUCCAACAAGGAGCAGGAUUAAGUGUCUUCAAAUCAUGGAUAUUUUGGCCAGAAUUGCGUGGAAGGAACGAGGUUUAUUGCAGUCAUUGAUUCAGAUGCUGGAUGAGGUGAUUCUAGGGAAAAUUCGUGAAUGGGAGACGAGAAGAAUUGAAGGAUUUGUUGCCGUGAAUUAGAUGGGUCUUGGUGUUCGAAUUUGUUCAUGUUCUUAAGCUAAAAAUCAGGGAAGAAGGCAUUCAUCUGGUCUGAGAUUUGUGACUGAUUUUGUACAUCGACAAAGGGAAGAAUUGAAGGGUUUGGCUAUGAAUUUGAAGUCAAGAUAGAAAUGAAUUGGGGUUUUGCCGACGGUUGAGUAUAAGAGAUGUUCUGAUGGCAGUGGAGAAGAAUAUUUGGUGGAAACUUCAGGAAUGGGUUGCUAUUGAUGUUGUCUCAAUGUAUUUGGUUGUUGAAAUGGAUAUGUUAGGGUUUGUUACAAACGAACCUUACAGAUAUGAAGAGGAUGAUGCAGUUCUUGAGCUGAGAUGUGAAGGAUGUUAGGGUUUAAGUUUCAGAUGAAGAAUUAGGUAUUGAAAAAUAAUUCAAGAAGAAGAUGGAGCAUGACUCAGGUGGUUGAAAUUCAUGGGUUUGAUAGGCUUGGAGAGAUGGUGCAGUUUAUGGAAUCAGAAAUGGAAUAAUGGGUGUGAACCAGCUUCAAGUUUACUGAAUUGUGGAGGUGUAGUAAGUUACAGUUGUAGCAGUGCAAGAAGGCAGUAUGAGUUCAAGUUGCUGCUGUUAUUUGGUUGAAUUGAAUUGCAAAUGGAGACGGAGGAGAAGAUUAAAAAGUGGUAUUCCAGUUGAAUAGGAGGUGCAGAGAAUGCAAGAACAAGAAGGAAUUGAAUGUAAUGGCCUGAGCUGCUGCAAUUGAAGCUGAACUGUAUGCUUAGGCGAAUGAAUGUGGAGGAUGCGAAAGGCUGGGUCAGGAUCAGUUGAGGAAGGACAAGAAUGGGAUUUUGAACUGAAACAAGAAGCUAAGUUCUCUGCCAUGGGUUGCCGGAAUUGGAAGAUGGUUACAAAGAUUAUUGGAACAGGUCGUGGCAAGAUGGGUUGGUCUGUGGCAUCUUUGACAAGAUUUAGUUUCAGCUAGAUGUGGUCUUGAUGUUGCUGCCAUGGAUUAGCAGGAGUAGUGUUAUGCUGAGAAGAAGGAAAUUACAAUGUUGGUAUUGAACUGCAGAUGAAGCUACUGUUGAGGCUCGUGGUUUGUUGCUGGGAUUGAUCAGUGAAGGUUAGAGUUUUCCAUGGUUUGCAGUUUAGAAUUGUGAGUUGUUUGAAACCAAGAUAGCAGGGAAUACAAAUUGAUACUGCUGAUGUUGCAGUGGUGGUUGAGUUGAGAUUACAGGCUAGUAGAAGUUGCAGAAUGGUCGAGGCUGGUGUUAUUUUAUAAGCAGCUUCUGAAGGGAAUGGAACUGGUGGAGUUAAAAGGCUAGAUUACACUAGACAAUAGACUGUCAGUUAUCCAGGACUGACAAGCCGAAUAUUAAUGGGCUAUGGGCUUAGCUUUUUGUGGGAUAUGUAGGAGCAGGAUUGGCUUGGCCUGGCUUGAAACUAACUUGUGGCCAUGAGUAUUGGAAAAGAGGAAAACUAUAAAGGGCACAAACAACACAACGAUCAGAUGCGUUUCUUCUUAUUGCACGGCAGCUGCCCUCAAAUAUUCGAUAAACAUCCACUGAUCGCUAUCCCGCAUCUGUGGCCUUUGCAAACGGCAAGUGGAGACUCCUUUUCUUCCCGGGAUCUUGUUAACUUGUGAAAUAUAAAUAAAACCCCGAGUCUUCUCCCAUCGCAGAAUCGUUUCUUUCCUUAUCCCAGAAUCUCAUGGAGGCUGCUGGCAAGGACUACUCCGGUACCUCUCCAGAAAGAAGCUUCGAAGUCAAUAAAACUGAGGAUGAUGAUGCCUUCGAGGAGGUGAUGGCUAAAAUUGAGGUUCCGCUUCGCGAGGCUGAUCGUGCUAUACGGGGCAUGUCGAUUCUGCAUCUGUGCAUUGCUCGAGGACGCACUCAAAAUCUUUUGGCUUCAAUCAACAGAGAGGAAAAAUGGACGUAUGAUGAGGCGUCACAACCACUAGUAAGCACGAGAGCUGAGAGGUUUGCAGUGCGGCUAAAGAGGCGACAGAUUGAAUAUGAACGACCUCCGAGUGAAGAUAAACAUGAUUACGUGAUUCGCUAUGGUGUGAUAAUCCUCGAUUCUGAUACCGAUGAACCCGCGCGUCCAAAGGUUGUCAAGACAAUCUCCCAUGUUGCGUUGGUCUUUGAAGAAGAUAUGGAAGUUGAUCCUACUGAGGGCGUUGAAGCGGAGAACGUCGCUGACUUCGCAGAAAUAUCCGAGAGGGAAGCUGAGGUAGAUCCAAAGGAAGAAGAAGUUGCGGCGUAUGACAACGGUGUUGAAGGAGACUCCGACGAUGGUGAAGCCGCGGUUGAUCUCCUUGAUGACUAAAUCUCCUUGUUGUAGAUGGUGGAUUUUUGAUAAGGGUUAAAAUCGUAAAACCAUAAUUAUACAUGCUCCUGAUUCGGCAAUCAGAUGAGUAUUGAGGCUCAUGUCUCUCAUUGAAGCAUGAAAGCUCAUGCCAUAAAAUCUCUGACUGAGAAGGCUGUCUCUCAGAGCAUAUGUAGAUGUGUAGUCUCUCAGCUGAGGCAACGAAACAUCUCAUGAAUACUGAGCAAUAUCAGUAAUUGUUUCUUUGUAGAAUCGAAAGAUUGGAUGGUUCC